UGUAGAGAAUACUCUGCAGCCUGUAAGUAGAGAAUUGUAAAGCCUUUAUUUCGUGAUUCGGUGCCGGAGAAAACGCAGUCCGCCAGCAUGAGCGCACUCAUUCAUUAACAUUUUUGAUUAUUCAUCACCCCCGCGCUGCCGUCCACCGCCGCGCCCCGACGGUGACAUCGCCGGAUACCGAGGUCGCUUUCCAUGGCUGACUCGUGGAUGCGCUGUGCACUUGCAGAGGAAGUCAAAAGACUGUCCACCGUAUCGUACAUACGAUAAAGGAAAGAGAAUAAAAAAGGAGCCUCGUUUCUUUCCCUUUCCCAAUCUUUUCAGUUUUCAGUCUUCACCGCACCUGCUACCGUCUCAUUGCACUCUAGAGAGAGAGAGAGAGAGAGAGAGAGAGAGAGAUGUACGUCGUGCCUCCUUCCGAGGGCUCGCAUCCGGCUGCCGGAGCCAUUGACGGAACCGCCGAUGGUCCGGAGAUGCGUGUAACUUACAAAGCCUGGAAAGGCAGCAAUAUAUUUUGUCUUCAAGGAAGGCUCAUAUUUGGACCUGAUGUGAGAUCUCUUGCACUGACUAUAUUCCUUAUUGUUGCUCCAGUGACAGUUUUCUGUGUUUUUGUUGCCCAAAAACUAAUGCAUGAAUUUUCUUACCACUUGGGAUUAUCAACGAUGGUUUUCGUUGUUUUAUUCACAUUAUAUGUCUUGGUUCUUCUUCUACUUACCUCUGGAAGAGAUCCUGGUAUAAUACCUCGUAAUGCACGACCUCCAGAACCAGACUGUUUUGAUCGAAGUCCUGAAAUUGGGGGUGGACAAACUCCCCAGUUACGUUUGCCUCGCGUCAAGGAUGUGGAAGUGAAUGGAGUGACAGUGAAGAUUAAGUAUUGUGAUACGUGCAUGCUUUAUAGACCUCCUCGAAGUUCGCACUGUUCAAUAUGCAAUAAUUGCGUGGAACGAUUUGACCAUCAUUGUCCUUGGGUUGGUCAGUGUAUUGGAUUGCGGAAUUACAGGUUUUUCUUCUUGUUUAUCUUCUCCACAACUCUUCUUUGCAUAUAUGUAUUUGGGUUUUGCUGCCUCUACGUUGAGAGAAUCAAGGACAGUAGGGAGAUAUCAAUGUGGGAUGCAAUGGCCAAGACUCCUGCCUCUGUUGUGCUAAUAAUUUACACCUUCUUGGCAGUCUGGUUUGUAGGUGGCCUUAGCGUCUUCCAUUUGUAUCUCAUCGGUACAAACCAGUCAACUUAUGAAAAUUUUAGAUAUCGAUAUGAUGAGCGAGCCAACCCAUACAACAAAGGGGUGAUUGGGAAUUUUAUGGAAAUAUUCUGUACUGGAAUUCCUCCAUCCAAGAACAAUUUUCGAGCAAUGGUGCCAAAGGAGCCUGAAAUUCCAGCUCGAGUGGUGGGUAAUGGAUUUUUAAGUCCAAACAUAGACAGAGGUCAUGGCGACAUAGAAACGGGAAGAAAACCGGUUUGGGAGGAGGUUGCCACUGGUCUAAUCGAUUUCAGGAAUGAGGAUGAUCUGAGCAAAGAGGGUGUGUUUGCUGAUGUCUCUCCAGAACUAUGCAGGACCCCUCCUGUAGAGGGCAUGAAGGGCCAUGGGCUAUUCCACCCCAGGCGUUCGAGCUGGGGUAGGAAAAGUGGAAGUUGGGAUAUAUUGCCUGAAGUGUUUGGUUUGGCAGCUGGAGCAGUUGAGUCCAAUCAGAUAAAUUCUACAGGGCCUAAUCAAUCUCAUACCAAGUAUGAACAAUCCCAGACCAAUUCUGAAGUGUUUCGUUUGGCAGCUGGAGAAGGUGAAUCCAAUCAGAUCAAGUCUACUGGGACUAAUCAAUCUCAGACCAAUUCUGAACAAUCCCGGAUCAAUUCUGAAGUGUUCAUUUUGGUAGCUAGAGAAGGCGAAUCCAAUCGGAUCAAUUCUACUGGGACUAAUCAAUCUCAGACCAAUUCUGAACGAUCCCAUACCAAUUCUGAAGUGUUUGGUUUGGCAGACAGAGAAGGUGAAUCCAAUUGGAUCAAUUCUACUGGGACUAACCAAUCUCAGACCAAUUCUGAACAAUCCCAGAUCAACUCUGAAUUGUAAAAACAAAUAGAAAGAUGGGAAUCAACUUUUCUUCAUUUUUUUUUCUAGGGCUGGGGAAAUUGAAGUGUAUUUGGAGUGGGGUUGAUUGGGGGGUAUUCAAAAUAUUAGUCUUUUUCCCCUUCUGUUUCAUUUUAUUUUAUUUGUCAGAAUGUUUUCUUCCCUUCUGUUUCAUUUUAUUGCAUUUGUCAGAAUGCUUUUCCUCCUCUUCCUUCUAAACACUGCUGCUGCUAAAGGUGAUUGUUCUAUAUCAUGCUGGCUUAUAUCAUGCGACAAUGAAAU